AAGGGAGUGGAUCUUGUCACAUCAGCCCAGGCUAGUAGCCACUGAUCUAUACCUUUCUGAAUGACCCCGCUGUCUUCCUGUAACAUAUUCGCCUGUUGGAGGAUCUGGGUGGGAAGGGCUCAUCGGCACUGCUGUCUGAGAGUGUGUCAACUCAUCUGCUUGGAUUAUAUGCCAUAUUGUGGAUUAGUAAUUGAGAUAUUGGUGUAGCUUGCAUUGAUGAGCAGCAUGCGAUUCACCCAGGUUGCAUUCCAGUCUGCUUCAUGAAUGUCAACCAGGGCUUCUUGAAAAUAUUAGUAUUUGGUCACAAGUAAGUUCACUGGGAGACCUCAGAGCGAGCUCAGACAAGGGCUCCCGUAGUGCUCCAGAUGAAAAAAAUUAGCUCUUGAUUUCUUGGCAAGAAGAAACUAGUGAAUUCACAAGAGGGGUCUCUCGGUGGCACAUGCUAAUUUGGCUUGUCGCACUGGGAAAAGGCCAUGAAAAACCAUCGUACUUUCCGAAAAGGGGGCAAGGUAGCUGAAAUGUCAGCAAUGGACAAGCGCAAGCAGAAGACUUCCUGGGGUGUGUACAUGCAAGAAGUACCCGCAAGCAUAACACGCUUUGAUCAGAAUCAAAACCCUCGUCUGGAAGAAGAGCUGGAGCUAGGUCACUUGCUGCACCUGAAAGAGCUGUUUGCUAAUCUUCCACCUGCAAGGGAAGAAGCAGACAGAAACGCAGAAAAUAAAGGCCGGUGGCUGAAGCCCCCUGGAAAACAGAAAGAAAAGCCACCGGGGAGCCUGACGCUGCAGGAGUUUCAGACGGCCUUUUCCGAGCUGAUCGGUUCUGAGUCCUGGAACAACCAAUUGCAGCUGCUUUUCAACAAGGUUGACGCCACAUGCGAGGGUCUGAUUGACUGGAGCAAGUUCUGCGCAUACAUGCUGCUAUAUUACAAAGAGCGGCACUCCGCGAGGAGAGCCAAAAAGGAGAUUUUCCAGGAGACGCAGCCCCUCGUCCGACACUGUGUGCAGAACAAGAUACUGGCCAUUUCGUCACCACCAUCUCUGUGGUUUGUGACUGUCAGCAAAGGAGGACUUCUUACAACUUGGGACAGCAGUCUGCAUAUUCGCAAAACUUUUGAGAUUGCAACAGAUUCCAGGGGCUUUCCAACAGAUAAAAGAAGGUUUAAGUCCUUGGUGACAGAUGCUGUAUACAUGGCUAAUGUCCACAGAAUCGCAGUCGCCACCACCAGCAGGGAUAUUCACUUUUUCGAGGCGUCCACAGCAAAUCUGUUUGAGGACUUUCAUUUAUUUGCUCUGAACAAUAUCCCAACUUGUCUGUACUACUGGUAUAAUGCCAAGUCCCUAGGCAGUCGCUCCUUGCUGCUCUGGGGAGAUGACCACGGUGGUGUGAACUUGCUCUGGCUGCUGCGUCCUCGUGCAGGCGUGUUUGAGAAGCCCUUCGGGGAUGGGUCGGGAGCACAGCGAAUCUUCAUGCCGGACAUUAAAGAGCACCGUAAGCUCCUGCGUUAUCAUGCAAUCCCAGAUGUACACGAGGAAGCCAUUUCCCAAAUCCAGUACAUGUCUGAGGGUGACCUCCUCAUCACAGCUUCCGACAGUCCCAAGGCCUCUGUGGUGAUCAUGGAUGUGCACAGAAAGAGAAAAGUUUAUACUUGGAAAAUCAAGAAGGGUGUGAAAUGCUUUGACUACUGCAAAUCCCUGAACCUGCUGGUUACCGGAGGGCUGGAUCAUGUUGUGCAGCUCUGGAACCAGUAUGUCACAGACUGGCCGGUUGCUACUUUCCAGGGACAUUCAACAACGGUUCUAAGCACCGUCAUCCAUGAGUCCCAGGGACAUGUCUUCAGCUAUUCCAAGGACUCGGUCCUGAAAGUCUGGGAUAUUUUCUCCCAGACUUGCCUGCAGACAUUGGUGCUGAAGUUCCCGUGCAUGCAGCCAGGACGAACGCUAGAGCAGGGGGAUUCUCCCUUGUUGCUUAUGCAGGACCCUCCCCAUCUCCUUUUAGUGUCCUGCGCAGAUUACAUUGGCAUGUUAAAGCCCACACACGGCGGUGCUGAGGAGGAAGAGCUGGCGACCCACCGUGCACCAUUACGCAGCGCUCUCUACAGUGCCUACUCCCACCAGGUGGUGACAGGCUGUGAUGACUCUUCUGUUGCUGUGUGGGAUGUGGAGACAGGUACCAAACACCUCGUCAUAAGCAAUGCCCAUGGGAAUGAAGAGAUAACGUGCAUGGCCCUCGACAGCUCCCAGAACAGGCUGAUUACUGCGGCAAGGAAUGGGACCAUAAAGGUCUGGAAUAUUCAGAACGGCCACAACGUGCACCAGCUGGAGGUGGUGGAUGAGGCAGAAGUCACAGGACUUGUGGUUUUGCGGAGUCGGACCCUCUUGGCAGUGGGAUGGAAUCGCAAGCUUGUUCUGUAUCAUUUCUGGGAGCCUGGGGCCCUGUAUGUCACUGCAACUUGUUCCUGGAAGGGUGGCCAACUACAUAAAGAGGACAUCUUGGCUGUGGACUAUUGUCCUGCCCUUGGUCUCCUUGCUACAGCCAGCUUUGAUGGAGAAAUUAUAGUGUGGAACACCGAAUCUCAGAGAGUAUUUCUCUACCUCAGGGAGAUGCCGCGCAAAAGGUCACAUCCUCCAGUGGAUAAACUCUUCUUUCUUCAGCAUCGAUGCACAGAUGGUAUUUUAAAAGACAACGCAGUCCUCAUCAGCUCUGAGGCAGGGGCUCUUCACUGGUGGAGUGUCUUUGGAGAAAGACAAGACUUUGGUUUUUAUUAUGCCCCCACAAAAGUGGAUGCUUCUGUUCUUGGAUUGGCAGCCAAUUUAAUAAACACUGUUCUUGUGUCUGGAGACACAGAAGGAUUCAUCCAAGUUUGGGACAUUUCGGGUUAUGGGCUGUCUCCUAGCACUCAGGGGUCCCUGAAGAAGCCUCCGUUGCUCGGUAGCUGGCAAGCCCAUAGCAGCUGCGUGGUGAGCAUUGAGCACCUCAUGUUCGAUUCGGACGCCUUCAUCCUCAGCGGCUCCGCUGACAGAAGCGCCAGGCUGUGGACCUCCGAGGGGAAAUUUGUAGGAACCUUUGGGCAGGAAAAGAGAUGGGACUUAAAAAAUCCAUCGACAUUCGUCCAUCCCAAGGGCCCUUGGGAGGAGAAAAAAGAACUAAGGAAAAGGACAACUCCGACUGAGCCGCAGGUGCUUUUCAGCUCCAAGGACCCUGCCAGAAACAUGGAGGGGGACACCGGGGAAAAGGGAAACCUGCAGAAGAGCAGUGGGCAAAGCACUACUGCUUGCAAGGUGGAUCUGAGAGCACAACUGCAGGAACCUCAGUUACCAAGAGUUGAUCACCUCAGUCCAUCACCGUCACCCAGCAGCCAGAUCUCUUGGGAGGAUGGCGUUCAAAGCCGCCUGGCCACCCCACAAUUAUUAACCAGCACCUUGGAUCAAAGGAAAUGCGAGGAUCCUUUCAGCCGUUAUGUGGAAGACAAACUGAUAAAAAGAAUAGCUGGAAGGAACGCCCGUCGGCAUAUAUUUGGCACUAUCAAUGCUAAAAAAUGCAACCCGUUUGGGACAAUCUGUUCACCUUUCCAAGCCCUCACAACCUCGGAGAUGCAGAGGCUAACUUUGCCUGAAGACUUACCCAUGACCCCACGGAUGCUGAGACAGGGUAUAGUCUGCACCUCUGAGAUGGACUUAAGAUCUUUACAGCUUACCUUCCCAGAACUGGAUGGUGAGAAGACGGACGAGCCCACCCUGAGUGAGAAAAAGAAGUCAUCCGUCCACACAAAAACCUCUUUCCUUCCCCCACUGGUUAAGCCUCAAACACCUACCCUCUCCUACAGCACAAAGGCUAAAAGUUUCCAGCUUCCCCCUUCACACCUUUCACCAUAGCUGUCUCCUGGCUUGUAAAACAGCGCCACACACCAAACCCUCCUGAAAGAGAGCAUCCUCUUCUAUAUAGCGCUUUAACUUUCAGUAGCAGACCCUGGCCUAUUAUUUUGUGCAAAUGCUUUGAAGCCUAAGCUUCCUCCUUAAUGUACAUAAAGUAAUUGA